AUGACGACUCCCUCCACCCCAAAGCCAACCCCCCCCAAAACCACCUCCCCACUCCUCCUCUGGGCCCACCCAGUCCCCAAGAUCCCCCUCUUCCUCACCCUCACCGCCCACUCCCUCCUCCUCCCCGCCCUGCACUGCUUCCGCCUCUGCCACCAAUACGGCACCUCCACCCACCACACCUCCACGCUCCUCCCACCCAUCUCACGCCUUCCACUCUCCGUCUCAACCCUCAUCGAGCACUACCUCUUCGUCGCGGUCCGCCGCUCCGUCCAAGACUCAUGGGACGCCGGACUGAAGUCGCAGGGCAUGUGUGUGCGCUGCCGCGCGCCCGUCCCCGCGGGGGGACUGAGCAGGGAGGAGGCGCUGCGCAGGAGGGUGUGCAAGUGCCGUACUAGACUGUUGGCCUCUGUGGAAGAGGAGAUUGGGAAGCGGCUUAUUUCUGGGAGGAACCUGUGGGGCGGGGACGGCAACGGUGGGGGCUAUGGGGCGAAACUGGGGAUGGGGGCGUUUUUGAAGAGGUUUUGGGGGUUGGGGGCGUUUGUGGAGGGGGUGGGGACGGGGGUGAAGGAGAGGGUUUGGUUGGUGUUGCCGGUGGGGGUGAAGGGGGGUGAUGGUGCGGUGGUUGCAGCGGGGGGCGACGGUGGGAAGGGGCCGUGGUGUGUGGGGAGGGGGUAUGUGCAGAUGGAUGUGAGGAUGGUUAGGAGGUUUAGGUGGGCGAUUGAGAUGUUGGGGGUGGGCGGCAAGGUGGGUGGUGAGAGGUGCUUGGCGCAUUUGGGUGGGAUGAGAGAGGAGGAAGUUGUGGAGGAGGACGGAGUUGUGGAGGAGGGAGGUGUGAGGUUGAUGUUGUUUUCGGAGGGGGUUAUGGCGCCUUGA